AUGGACUUGCCAAUUUAUUACACGAGGGCGGAAUACAUUGAGACUGACACUGGUAACAAAGUCUCCCGACGCGCAACUAUCGCUGGUCCUCAGAACAUUAUAUUGGGCGGGAAAACGAUCAUAUCCAGCGGCGCGAUAAUUCGAGGCGAUCUGCGGCGAACGGGACCCGGACAUGCAGUAGUCAUCUCGCUCGGCCGGUACUGUCUCAUUGGUGAGGGCUGCGUUAUGAGACCGCCGUACAAGACGUACCGCGGUAAUUUCAACUAUUAUCCCAUGAAGAUUGGUGACUAUGUGCACAUUGGUGCGAACACAAUCGUGGAAGCAGCAACUAUCGGUAAUCACGUAGAAAUCGGGAAAAACUGUGUAAUAGGCAAAUUCACUAUCAUUAAAGAUUGCGCGAAGAUUGCAGACAACACGAUUGUUCCACCAAACACUGUAAUUCCCGCAUUGGCGCUCUUCGCCGGUUCACCUGGACGGUUCGUUGAAGACCUUCCUGAGUCCACACAAGAAAUGGUGGAGGCGCAGACAAAACAGUAUUACACCCGAUUUCAGCCCCUUCCUGCCGAACGUUGA